GGUGGGCCGCUUCCCUAUUGGCAGAGGAACUUCAGGUGGUGAGUCCGGGAUUGGUGAACGUCUGCGUUGCUCCCGCCCCUACUACCGCCGCGGCGCGCGAUUGGCUGCCGCCGGCAUUGUAGGCCUAGUCUAGGCAGCCCGAACUAGGCCUUGGGUAGAGGCGGUGGCAGAGGCAGCGGCGUUGUAAGGCAGUAUGUUCUGAAGGCGUGAACAUGGACUUUUCUCGGCUCCACAUGUACACUCCUCCUCAGUGUGCACCUGAGAACACUGGCUACACGUAUGCACUCAGUUCAAGUUACUCUUCUGACGCUCUGGAGUUUGAGACUCAGCACAAAUUGGAUCCUGUAUUUGAUUCUCCAAGAAUGUCCCGCCGCAGUUUGCGCCUGGUAACCACAGCGUACACCCCUGGCAGCGGCCAGGCUGGGGACGCUCACUCCUGCGUGGGCAGCACCACCUCCCUGGAGGACAGAGUAGCCAGAACAGUGAAACAGGGCAGAAGUGCCAGCAAACCAGCCUUUGGUGUAAACCACAACUCAACAAAGGUCACAUCCUUGGCCGUUGGCCACCGUGGCUCUAGUGGGCUGCAGGCUAAGGCUUGUCUUCGGCCUCCCAUGCUGGAUGAGUCUCUGAUCCGUGAGCAGACCAAAGUGGACCACUUCUGGGGUCUUGAUGAUGAUGGAGAUCUUAAAGGUGGAAAUAAAGCUGUCAUCCAGGGAAAUGGUGACCUGGCAGCAGGUGCAGCCAGGAGCAACGGCUACACGUGCAGUGAAUGCAGCGCACUGUCUGCACACAAGGACAUGCUCACUGCAUGCUCUACUUCCCAGGGCACAUGGUCGAGAGUCUACUCCAGGGACAGGAGUCAAAAACGCGGUGCCUCUUUCUGCAUGAAUAGGAUUGUGUGGCUGGCCAAGUACACUUCGUCAUCUUUUUCAUCAUUCUUAGUUCAACUUUUUCGAGUGGUUUUAAUGAAGCUCAAUUAUGAAUCAGAAAAUUACAAAUUGAAAAGUUAUGAAUCAAAAGAUCGUGAAUCAAAAAGCUGUAAGUCAAAGAGCCAUGAGUCAAAAGCUCCUUCCAGUGACUAUGGGCAAGUGAACGUGAGCCAGUCUCUCAGGGAGGACGGUCACGCCAGUGUGAGUGUGGACUCCCGUCACUCUGUGCGGAUGCUGCGGAGGAUUGGAGCUGCAGGGCGAUUUGUGGUGGAGACGGUCUCGUCAGCUCUUUGGUUGGCCACAGUUGCUCCAGGGAAGGCAGCCUCUGGAAUAUACUGGUGGCUAGGGAUUGGAUGGUACCAGUUUGUUACUUUGGUUUCUUGGCUGAAUGUGUUUCUUCUUAUAAGGUGCCUUCGACCUAUUUGCAAGUGUCUAAUCCUGCUCUUUCCGCUGUUGCUUUUAGUAGGGGCAGGUCUUUCCUUGUGGGGCUCAGCGGACGUGUCAUUCCUGCCUGUGUCAAGCUGGACACACAGGAACAGAACACAGAGGGCAGAUGACCCAGACACCAUGCUCAUGCCCGAGGCUUCUCACCCGGACCGGCCUCUGGAGGGUGAGGAGGCUUUUGGCUGGCAUUGGAUGAGUGACGUAGAAAGACAGGUGACGUCUUUGUCUGGACAGUGUCACAGCCAUGACAAGAAGCUGAGAGAACUGACAGUUUUGCUUCAGAAACUACAAGCCCAGGUGGACCAGAUGGUCAAUGGUGGAGGGGUGCUGUCCCUGGUUAGGAGUGUGGUGACACAGCACUUGCUGGAGACGCAUGCCGGCGGGCUCCCAGGCUUCCAGACUGACUAUGUGACUCUCCACCAAGAACAUGAGCUGCGCAUCUCAAACUUGGAAGAUAUUCUUGGAAAACUAGCAGAAAAAUCUGAGGCCAUCCAGAAGGAAUUAGAACAGAUCAAGCUAAGAACAAUUAGUGGAGUCAACGAAGACCAGCGCCUGCUCUCCGUGGUUAGGCAUCUUGAACUGGAGCUGGGUCAUCUGAAAUCAGAAUUGUCAGAUUGGCAGCAUUUGAAAACCAGCUGUGGGAGGGUAGAUAAAAUACAUGAAAAGGUAGACGCCCAAGUCAGAGAAACUAUCAAACUCAUGUUUUCCGGUGAUCAGCAAGAUGGUUCUCUUGAAUGGGUGCUACAGAAGGUUUCUUCUCAGUUUGUGAGCAAGGAUGACUUGCAGAUUUUAUUGCGAGAUUUAGAGAUGCGGAUACUGAAGAACAUUACCCACCACAUUUCUGUGAGAAAACAGAUCCCAACUCCUGAGACUGUAGCUUCUGCUCUGAGUGAGGCAGGGGUUUCUGGAAUAACAGAAGCGCAAGCACAUGUCAUCGUCAGCAACGCUUUGAAAUUGUAUUCCCAAGAUAAGACCGGCAUGGUGGACUUUGCCCUGGAAUCUGGGGGUGGCAGCAUCCUGGGCACACGCUGUUCUGAGACCUAUGAGACUAAGACGGCGCUCAUCAGCCUGUUUGGGAUCCCUCUGUGGUACUUCUCUCAGUCCCCCCGUGUGGUGAUCCAGCCUGACAUAUAUCCAGGUAACUGCUGGGCUUUCAAAGGCUCCCAGGGGUUCCUCGUGGUGAGGCUGUCCAUGAAGAUCCGCCCGACCAGCUUCGCCCUGGAGCACAUUCCAAGGACCCUGUCGCCCACGGGCACCAUCACCAGCGCCCCCAAGGACUUCGCUGUCCAUGGAUUAGAGGAUGAGUAUCAAGAAGAAGGGCAGCUUCUGGGGCGGUUCACGUAUGACCAGGAAGGGGAGUCACUCCAAAUGUUCUACGCACAGAAAAGGCAAGAGCAAGCUUUCCAAAUAGUGGAGCUUCGGAUUUUUUCCAACUGGGGCCAUCCUGAAUACACAUGUCUUUAUCGGUUCAGAGCUCAUGGAGAGCCCGCCAAGUAAAGACCCUACUCCCUGCUCCUGUGUGUCUGUAUAUACUGGGAUAGCCUGAGACACUGGGGCCCCUUGAGAGUGAGGGCGUGUGGAGACAGGAUAACGCCACCCUCAAUAAAUGUAAGGCCUGCACUCAGUGGGUCCUGGGGACUGGUGCAGUCUGUGCUCUGGCACCCAACUUGCUAUUAAGUCCACAGAAAAUACUGCAUGUUGAAUGCGUGGGGUCACAGAGAUCCUUUAGUGAGAGGCAUCUCUGUGCAGUCACUUGAAUGUGUGGUUCACACUUUGUUUUGAGGAUUUGGUUUUGAACAUAAAGCUCUUUAUAUUUGUAUUUUCUGGACGUCAGGAACAAAGCAAAUGAAGCUAAAAGAUUUGAUGUGUUCUUGAAGCUUUUAUGUUUCACCUUUCACUGACCCUUUGUCAGGACUUUUGGGGGGUGGAUAUAUGUCAUCUGUUCAAUCCAGCACACCAUUUCUUUCAGGGAAAAACAAUGUCACCAAAUUUCAGAGUUCUGAACUCCUUCCUUUUGGGUGAGAUUCAGCACCAGUAGUUACUUUAUCACCAGGUGAAGAAAUGACAAAAUGUGUUUUUCUGCCAGUUUGCUCCUCCUCCUGAGGAAGAUUUUCAAAGACAGGAUUGGUGUGUUGACACCCAUUCAGGAAUAAGGGAGGGUUUCUCAUCUUCGUCGGUUGAAGUGGUUCUGAAUGAAAGGGGAUGGUCUGGAUCUAAACAAAUAGUAAAGAGUUCUCAGGUCUGAGCUGGGCUCAUCCCAUUGGCAUUACCCCGGAGCAUUCACUUGACAGGAUGGAAUAGGAACUAAGGAAUCCGACCUUUUGGAUGUUUUCAGGUUUUGUUUGGAAUUUGCUGAAAAGUGAACACUAACAUGCUUUAAAAUUUCAGAGGCUUGUGUUUUUGUUGUAUUGACAGUGUGGCAAAUUCAUAAAACCAUUACAUUUUAUGAUUGUAAUUUUUCUUACAGCAGCACUUUCUACUGGAUCUAGUUGGGGUUUGCCUUUUAUUACUACUGUCAGCCAUUCUCAAUUCCUGUGAGACUCAUUUUGGUUAUAAUAAAUAUUUAGUCUUUUACUGUGCAGACUUUAUACAUGAGAUAUCUACAAGGCACUUAUGUUACAGAUGUUUUACCUUAAAAAUUACUUGUUUUAUUGGGUUAAGAAUUUUUUGGUGUACCAUAAAUGUUGUAUUUUCAGAAAAAGAAAAAAUGGUGCUGACUGGAUUUCUGAAGAGUUUUAUGUAUACUGCACAACAGUCCUCAAAUAUACAAAAACUACAUGAAGUAGCAUUUUUUUCCACUUAGAAUUGGAACUAAUGCCUAUGCAGUUAAGUUGGAAUAAAAUAUAUACAGAUGUUUCAUAUAUUACAGUAUAAAUAUAUAAAUCAGAAUUUCCUAUAUAAAACUAAAUUUGGGAGUUGGGAUGGAAAUAUUUUGAAUAUUUAUUUUUAAAGAUGCAAGAUAGGACUUUGUGCAAUGUAUUUUUGUAAAUGCUUUUCAAAAUAUUUGUCUUUGGUAGUGCUGCUCUGGCUGCCACCAAAUUGGUAAGAUGCUAUUGAAAUGUUUAAAUAAAGAGUUUUAAUUUUUAAAAGUGCAUGUGCUGUUUCAAGUGAAUAAUAAAGUGUAUUUCUUUUCUCA